AAAUUGAGGCGCCGAAUCGUUCGCUGGUUCCUGGGCAGAGAGCAGCUCGGGGGUUCUUCUGUCUUUCUGGCUAUUGCGGGACGGUGGCUACGACCAGACGCUUGCGUGCACCGCGGAGUCGCUGAGCCGCGAGUCUCGGGCCUCCAGGCCGCGGCAGCCCCGGACGAGAGGAAGCGGGCGCCCGGCCCCCCACAGCGUCGGAGUCACCACCGCGGCGGCAGGUUUUGGCACCGCCGUCAUGGCGUCCCAGCCGAGUUCUUCUUCGAAGAAGAAAGAGGAGAAGGGCAAGAACAUCCAGGUGGUGGUGAGAUGCAGACCAUUUAAUUUGGCAGAACGGAAAGCGAGCGCCCACUCGGUAGUGGAAUGUGAUCAUGUGCGGAAAGAAGUUAGCGUGCGAACUGCAGGGUUGACUGACAAGACCUCUAAGAAAACAUACACUUUUGAUAUGGUGUUUGGAGCAUCCACGAAACAAAUUGAUGUCUACCGCAGUGUUGUUUGUCCAAUUCUAGAUGAAGUUAUUAUGGGCUAUAACUGCACCAUCUUUGCAUAUGGCCAGACUGGCACUGGAAAAACUUUUACAAUGGAAGGUGAAAGGUCACCUAAUGAAGUAUAUACCUGGGAGGAGGAUCCUUUGGCUGGUAUAAUUCCACGCACUCUUCAUCAAAUAUUUGAGAAACUAACUGAUAAUGGCACUGAAUUUUCAGUGAAAGUGUCUCUGUUGGAAAUCUAUAAUGAAGAGCUUUUUGAUCUUCUUAGUUCAUCCACCGAUGUCUCUGAGAGGCUGCAGAUGUUUGAUGAUCCCCGGAACAAGAGAGGAGUGAUAAUCAAAGGUUUAGAGGAAAUCACAGUACACAACAAAGAUGAAGUGUACCAAAUUCUGGAGAAGGGGGCAGCGAAGCGGACGACUGCAGCGACCCUGAUGAACGCUUACUCUAGCCGUUCCCAUUCAGUUUUUUCUGUGACAAUACAUAUGAAGGAAACUACAAUUGAUGGAGAAGAACUUGUUAAAAUUGGAAAAUUGAAUUUGGUUGACCUUGCAGGAAGUGAAAAUAUUGGGCGUUCUGGAGCUGUUGACAAGAGGGCCCGGGAAGCUGGAAAUAUCAACCAGUCCUUGUUGACUUUGGGAAGAGUUAUCACUGCUCUUGUGGAAAGAACGCCUCACAUUCCUUAUCGCGAAUCUAAACUGACUAGAAUUCUGCAAGACUCUCUCGGGGGACGAACAAGAACGUCUAUAAUUGCAACCAUUUCCCCUGCGUCUCUCAACCUCGAGGAAACUCUGAGUACGUUGGAAUAUGCUCACAGAGCAAAGAACAUAAUGAAUAAGCCUGAAGUCAAUCAGAAACUAACUAAAAAAGCUCUUAUUAAGGAGUAUACAGAAGAGAUAGAGCGAUUGAAGAGAGAUCUUGCUGCAGCCCGUGAGAAAAAUGGAGUGUACAUCUCUGAAGAAAAUUUUAGAGCCAUGAAUGGAAAAUUAACUGUUCAGGAGGAACAAAUUGUUGAGUUGGCUGGAAAAAUCGAUGUUCUUGAGGAGGAUCUCAGUAAGGUUACAGAGUUAUUUGUGGAGAGUAAAAAUGAACUUGACCAGUGUAAAUCUAACCUGCAAACUAAGACACAGGAACUUGAAACCACUCAGAAACAUUUGCAAGAAACAAAAUUACAGCUUGUUAAAGAGGAAUAUGUCUCUUCAGCCUUGGAAAAAACGGAGGAAAAGCUUCAUGAUACCGCCAGCAAGUUGCUUCACACGGUUAAAGAAACCACCAAGGAUGUAUCUGGUCUCCAUUCUAAACUGGACCGUAAGAGAGCAAUUGAUAAACACAAUGCUGAAGCUCAAGAUAGUUUUGGCAAAAACCUCAACAGUCUGUUUAAUGAUAUGGAAGAAUUAAUUAAGGAUGGCAGCGCAAAACAAAAGGCCAUGCUAGAAGUUCAUAAGACACUGUUUAGUAAUCUCAUGUCUUCUAGUGUCUCUGCAUUAGACACCAUUACCACAACAGCACUUGGAUCUCUCUUGUCUAUUCCACAAAAUGUGUCGGCUCGUGUCUCCCAGAUCUCUGAUGUGAUGUUGGAGGAGCAGUCGUUGGCAGCACAGAGCAAAACUGUGCUGCAAGGCUUGAUUAAUGAACUUGCGACUGACCUUCUCGCUUCCCUGAAGACCAUCUUAGCCCCUGGUUUGGUUUCCAUUUUGAACAUCAAUAGGCAACUGCAGCAUAUUUUCAGGACUUCAUUGACAAUGACUGAAAAGAUAGAAGAUCAGAAAAGAGAAUUAGACGGUUUUCUCAGUGUAUUGUGCAACAAUCUACGUGAACUCCAAGAAAACACAGUUUCUUCUGUGGCUGAAUCGCAGAAGCUUUGUGCAAACCUUAAUGAAGACCUGAAGACAAUAAAGGAAACCCACUCACAGGAACUUUUACAGUUAAUCAGUAGUUGGACAGAGAGAUUCUAUGCUUUGGAGGAAAAGUGCGAAAACAUCCAGAGACCGCUGAACAGUAUUCAAGAAAAUACAGAGCAGACGUCUACAGAUAUAAUCAGCAAAACCACAGUUCACAGUAAAAAACUUCUUGCUGAUUCUGAUGGAUUAUUACAAGAACUCAGACACUUUAGCCAAGAAGGUGCACAGUUGGUGGAAGAGUCUGUAAAGCACUGUGAUUCACUCAACAGCAACCUAGAAACUGUAUCUCAGGAGACCACACAAAGGUGUGAAGCUUUGAACACAAGCACAGUUCAAUUUUCUGAACAGUGGGCAUCAUGCUUAAGCAAGAGGAAGGAGGAACUUCAGAACUUAAUGGAGUUCGUAAAUGGAUGUUGUGAGGCUUCGAGUUCAGAGAUGAGUGAGAAACUCAGUGGACACACAGCUGCCAUCGAGGACCAGCACAGCUCCUUCGUCCUGCAGAUAACUUCCGACGACGAGAAAUUAAAAGCAGGAAGUCUGGAGCUUCAUGAGACUAUAAAAGCUGGUUUGACAAAGCUAAAUUGCUUUCUGCACCAGGAUCUGAAACUAGAUAUCCCAACAGGUCUGACACCAGAGAGGAAAACUUACUUAUAUCCAUCAGCGCUGGUGAGAACUGAGCCCCGGGCACAGCUCCUUGAGCAGCUGCAAAAGAAGCAGCCCAACCGACUAAUGAUGUCGAGCUGCUCAGAAAAUGACCAAGAGACCAGCCAGGACAUGGAUGAAGAGAAGGAGGUUCUGGAACCAUGUACUGAAGAACUUUUAAGUCAGGAGACAUUGGUACACACCAGUGUGGAUUGCUCUUCAAGUGGCGGUGUUCCCUUUUUCCAGCAUAAAAAGCCACAUGGAAAGGACAAAGAAAACAGAGGCAUUAACCCAGUCGAGAAGUCUAAAGUGGAAGAGACCUCAGAGAACUCUGUCACGAAAAGCAGAUUGCCACUUCGAGCCGCAAUAAAUCUCUAGUUAAUCUGAGGGUUAAGGCCAUCUUUUUUAAAAAAUAAAACCUGAAACUCCACAAUUUGAACUUGUGUACAGAUUACAAUGGGAUAGACUAUGUCAAGACAUCAUAGUAAAUGUAGUUGAAUUGAAAAUCCUUUUUAUCAGCCUUAUAGUUCAAGUAUGUUGUAGGUUGGGUUUCAUUUGGAAUUUAUAUUGAGUAUGUGUGUAGCUUAUUAUAUAAAGUAGCUCUUCUGUAACGAGAAUUUUCUUGUAUAUUAUUAAAUACCAAAUAUAUGGAAA